CCCUCGCAACCAAGCAGCCCCGACAACGCCCUUCGCACGCCUUGUCCAUAUCCGCGCAGGCUGAGUCGCCGACGAAUUAUUACCAUUCUCGCUCUCUCUGCAACAGAUAGCAACACGCUGCACGAUUUUCUGGAGACCAACAACACAGCAACAGUGCGAGAAUGUCGGGAUUCAUAACUACCGUUAACCCGCGAACGCGCGCGCCAUUCAAACCACAAAAGUCGAACCGAGGCACAAGCAGCUGGCAGCUAAAACAGUAUGCAGAGGCUACGCUUGGUAGCGGUAGCUUGAGGAAAGCGGUCAGGCUGCCCGAGGGAGAAGACAAGGACGAGUGGCUCGCAGUCAACGUUGUCGACUUUUACAACCAAAUCAACCUACUCUACGGAUCCAUUACCGAGUUUUGCUCGCCGCAGAGCUGUCCAGAGAUGAAGGCCACGGACGAAUUCGAGUACCUCUGGCAAGACUCUGAAAACUACAAGAAACCUACAAAGAUGCCGGCGCCUGAGUACAUUGAACACCUCAUGGCAUGGGUGCAGUCCAACGUGGACAACGAGGCCAUGUUUCCGUCGCGCAUUGGGGUUCCGUUUCCCAAGGCGUUUCCAUCGCUGAUCCGCAACAUGUUCAAACGGCUGUACCGCGUGUACGCACACAUCUACUGCCACCACUAUCCCGUCAUCAUCGAGCUGGGGUUGGAGCCGCACCUCAACACCAGCUUCAAGCACUACGUGCUAUUCAUCGACGAGCACGGGCUGGCCAAUGGAAGCAAGGACUUUUGGGGGCCGCUAGGCGACUUGGUGGACAGCAUGCUCAAGAGCGACUAGAGGCUGGGGCAGUUCUAAUGGCGGAUGAAGCCGGGUGGCGACAAGAUCAAGGACACUAGAGAAAGGGAGAGAGGGACGGGUGCAGUCAGGCGAGGCAGCGGGCGCAUGAAGGACAUGAUUCGACGGCGUUUGGGCGCAGCCAGGAGGCGAUUGCGCUUUGGGAGAUAUCACGGGGCAUUCUGCACUUUAACAAUGUAUGAGUAGCGGCGACGAACAGGCACAAGAGCGGUGCUGCGGUGUCGAGGGCAUGGUUGGGGAGUGGGAGUGGCUGGUUGCAGAGUCAUGUGCUUUGCGGGCUGGCCACGCCAUGCAACUACUAGGCAGGCCAAAGAGGCCGGAAAGCAAUAUAUAGGUCAGGCGUGUUAUUGAC